GGAACGCGGAGCUGCGGAGCGGGCCGGCGGCCAUCUUGUGAAGCGGCGAAAGAGGUGGUGGCUGCUCUGGGCUCCGGGAAGCCGUUCGGGCUGGGGCUACCGACCGCGGGGCGGAGGCACUCGCGCGGGGGGUAACUCGGGUCUGGGUUCGGGUGCCGCGCAGCUCUCCCCGGAUUGACUUGGCCUCUACUUCUUGUUAAGAAAAUACAUCUCUUGUUUUAUCAGGUGUGUGUGGUUUCAGCGCAGCAUGGCUGUGGUCAUCCGUUUGCAAGGUCUCCCAAUUGUGGCGGGGACCAUGGACAUUCGCCACUUCUUCUCUGGAUUGACCAUCCCUGAUGGGGGCGUGCAUAUUGUAGGGGGUGAACUGGGUGAGGCUUUCAUCGUUUUUGCCACUGAUGAAGAUGCAAGGCUUGGUAUGAUGCGCACAGGUGGUACAAUUAAAGGGUCAAAAGUAACACUAUUGUUGAGUAGUAAAACGGAAAUGCAGAAUAUGAUUGAACUGAGUCGUAGGCGUUUUGAAACUGCCAACUUAGAUAUACCACCAGCAAAUGCUAGUAGAUCAGGACCUCCACCUAGUUCAGGAAUGAGUGGCAGGGUAAACUUGCCUACGACAGUACCCAACUUUAAUAAUCCCUCACCCAGUGUAGUUACUGCCGCCACUUCUGUUCAUGAAAGCAACAAAAACGUACAGACAUUUUCCACAGCCAGCAUAGGAACGGCUCCUCCAAAUAUGGGGGCCUCCUUUGGGAGCCCAACGUUUAGCUCAACCAUUCCGAGCACAGCCUCUCCAAUGAACACAGUCCCACCUCCACCAAUUCCUCCAAUCCCAGCGAUGCCAUCUUUGCCGCCAAUGCCGUCCAUUCCUCCAAUACCAGUUCCUCCCCCGGUACCUACAUUGCCUCCUGUGCCUCCUGUGCCCCCAAUACCCCCAGUCCCUUCUGUGCCACCCAUGACCCCACUGCCACCCAUGUCAGGCAUGCCACCCUUGAACCCGCCACCUGUGGCACCUCUACCUGCUGGAAUGAAUGGCUCUGGAGCACCUAUGAAUCUGAACAAUAACCUGAACCCUGUGUUUCUGGGUCCAUUGAAUCCUGUUAACCCUAUCCAGAUGAACUCUCAAAGCAGUGUGAAACCACUUCCCAUCAACCCUGAUGAUCUGUAUGUCAGUGUGCAUGGAAUGCCCUUUUCUGCAAUGGAAAAUGAUGUCAGAGAUUUUUUCCAUGGGCUCCGUGUUGAUGCCGUGCAUUUGUUGAAAGAUCAUGUAGGUCGAAAUAAUGGGAAUGGAUUGGUUAAGUUUCUCUCCCCUCAAGAUACAUUUGAAGCUUUGAAGCGAAACAGAAUGCUGAUGAUUCAACGCUAUGUGGAAGUUAGUCCUGCCACAGAGAGACAGUGGGUAGCUGCUGGAGGCCAUAUCACUUUUAAGCAAAGUAUAGGACCUUCUGGACAAAACCAUCCCCCUCCUCAGGCACUUCCCAGGUCAAAAUCGCCCAGUGGGCAGAAAAGGUCAAGGUCAAGAUCACCACACGAGGCUGGUUUUUGUGUUUACUUGAAAGGGCUACCCUUUGAAGCAGAAAACAAACAUGUCAUUGAUUUUUUUAAAAAGUUGGAUAUUGUGGAAGAUAGUAUUUAUAUUGCUUAUGGACCCAAUGGGAAAGCAACGGGUGAAGGCUUCGUAGAGUUCAGGAAUGAGGCUGACUAUAAGGCUGCUCUUUGUCGUCAUAAACAAUACAUGGGCAAUCGCUUUAUUCAAGUUCAUCCAAUUACCAAGAAAGGUAUGCUAGAAAAGAUAGAUAUGAUUCGAAAAAGAUUGCAGAACUUCAGCUAUGACCAGAGGGAAAUGAUGUUAAAUCCGGAGGGGGAUGUCACCUCUGCCAAAGUCUGUGCGCAUAUAACAAAUAUUCCCUUCAGCAUUACCAAGAUGGAUGUUCUCCAAUUCCUAGAAGGAAUCCCAGUGGAUGAAAAUGCUGUACAUGUUCUUGUUGAUAACAAUGGGCAAGGUCUAGGACAGGCAUUGGUUCAGUUUAAAAAUGAAGAUGAUGCACGUAAGUCUGAACGCUUACACCGUAAAAAACUUAAUGGGAGAGAAGCUUUUGUUCAUGUAGUCACUCUAGAAGAUAUGAGAGAGAUUGAGAAAAAUCCUCCUGCCCAAGGAAAAAAGGGGUUAAAGAUGCCUGUGCCAGGUAAUCCCGCAGUUCCAGGAAUUCCCAGUGUGGGAAUGCCCAGUGCGGGAAUGCCCAAUGCAGGAAUGCCCAAUACGGGAAUGCCUGCUGCAGGAAUGCCCGGUGCUGGAAUGCCCGGUGUGGGAAUACACAGUGCGGGAAUGCCUAGUGCGGGAAUGCCUAGUGCAGGAGGUGAAGAGCAUGCCUUCUUGACUGUAGGAUCUAAGGAGGCCAACAAUGGGCCUCCAUUUAACUUUCCUGGUAAUUUUGGUGGGUCAAAUGCCUUUGGACCACCACUCCCUCCUCCAGGAUUAGGAGGGGCCUUUGGUGAUGCUAGGCCUGGAAUGCCUUCAGUUGGAAAUAGUGGUUUGCCUGGUCUAGGACUGGAUGUUCCAGGUUUUGGAGGUGGACCAAAUAAUUUAAGUGGACCAGGAUUUGGAGGGGGCCCUCAGAAUUUUGGAAAUGGUCCUGGUAGCUUAGGUGGCCCCCCUGGCUUUGGAAGCGGCCCUCCUGGGCAUUUGAGUGGGCCUCCAGCCUUUGGCCCUGGCCCAGGCCCAGGCCCAGGCCCAGUCCAUGUUGGUGGUCCUCCUGGCUUUGGAUCUAGUUCUGGAAAACCAGGACCAACAGUAAUCAAAGUACAGAACAUGCCCUUCACUGUGUCUAUUGAUGAGAUUUUAGAUUUCUUUUAUGGCUAUCAAGUGAUCCCAGGCUCAGUGUGUUUAAAAUACAAUGAAAAAGGUAUGCCCACAGGUGAAGCUAUGGUGGCUUUCGAAUCUCGGGAUGAAGCCACAGCUGCUGUCAUUGACUUAAAUGACAGACCUAUUGGCUCUAGGAAAGUAAAACUCGUAUUAGGGUAGCUGUUCACAUCAGUUCUUCAUAGGGUAGAUAUAGUCUUCAUAGUGCUGUGAUUAAUGCAUUCAGAUUGUUUUCCUAGUGUUUCCAGGUUAGAGCCUGUGGAUUGUUUCAAUUGCAUAUAGAUUGGUUUCCAUAACAUAGAGCAUUGGUUUACUGUUUACAGAAGACUCACUACCAGGAUAAACAUUGCUGUAUGUUACAGUAAAGCUUUCCGGAGAGAACACAAAAAUGAUUUUGGCAUACUAUUAGAGAAACCAUUUGUAAAACUCAAAUGACCACAUAAAGCUUAUCCAGGAGUCUAGAUUGGUUUUGUUUUAUACCAUAUGGGGUGAAGAAAAUAGAAAUGUCAAUAGAGCUCAUUGAGGGUGCUCUUACCAGCUGCUGAAAAAUAGAAGCUGGCUACUCUUGGAAUUUGGUUUAAAGCUGGACAGAUUUGCUUUGUUAUAGGGUCAAAGCUUUGUCUAAAGUCCUCAUUUUCUUUAAAAAUUGAAUAAAAUCUCUGUGUACAGAUUCACUGUAUGUACCUUUAUUGCUUCUUGAGGGUUCUUGCUGUAUAGACAGUCCUUCUGAAGUUGCUGCUUUAUUUGCCUAAUUGACUCAUUUGUAAAUGAGCAGAAUUGUUUUGUUGAUGUUUUUCUAAUAUAAAACUCCACACUUGGUUUGUGCUAUAACCUUCAACUUUGAUUUCUAAUGUCAGUCACACUUAAAACUGUGUGGAAUAAGACGUUUGCCACAAAAAUAAAAUAUGGAGUCCUCUACCUACCAGAGCCUUUUUGGUUUGACCGCCAAGUUUUAGUCAGUUUAAAAAUUGUUCAUGUUGUUUGGAUGGCAUCAAAAACCAGAAACCACUUUUAAUGGUCAUUGUUUAAGAUGCCUGAUUUGAAGUCUUGCCCAAGAUGGACUAAUGUUCUGGCAAUUUCCUUCUGUCCCAAAUUUAUGUGAAAUUUUGACCUGUAACUAAACAAAAAGGGUCCAUUCAUAAGAAAGCAUUAUUAUAUAUAGGUCUUUAAAAUUGUAGUUGAAAUUGUUAGCUUUGUUAGCAGUAGUGUUAACAGAAUAAAAGAUCCAUAAGCUGGUCCAUAGAUCAAUAUAUAUUUAAUCCUGUUAAUUGGAGGCUUUUUGGUCUAGUUGUUUGAUCAGGAGCCUGGUUACAAAAAUUCCUUAUACAGAGUACAAGUGCAGCUGCCAGAGGGGAGAGAAUUGAGGCUCCUUGCCCUUUCAUACUCUGGCAUUCAGGACUAAGGCAGGAGGACCACGUGGGUUCUGGUUGGUGAAUGUCCUUGUCACGAAAACAUUUGCCUUACAACGUCCUGCUCACUGCCACAAAAGGCUCUACUUAUAGUUACUUUUCUUCUUAGUUAAAAUGCUCUAAAGAUGUGUCACAUUAUAUUAUAAACAUGGAAUGGGAGAUUGGUGAGAUAUCAUGAAAAACAAAUUUUGUCUUUUACAUGGGCCUCUGUCUUGGUUUGAAACAUCCCCAACAUUUCCUACAAAUCAAUUUACUUACAAAGGGGUCAGCCUUUUAAAAGAAAUAUUUUCUAUUUAAGAAAAAUAGUGCCUUUUGGGUGUUGCAAUUCAGUGGAACACUGAAAUACAGCGUCGUGUAAUUUAGAGUUAAGAGUGGCAACAGUUCAUUUGUGUGCUAAGAUUUGGAAAGCUUUUUCAUCACUACAAUCUUAGAGGAUUGACAGUACAGGAUAUUUUGUUUAGGGAAAGGAUUAUUUAGACUUUCAAAGAAGAAAUGGCUGUGUUGUGGGUCUUUUGCUAAUGCACGAAUACAAAUUUGCUUUGACAGAUAACUAGGUAUUGCCUCCUCAACUAAAAAAGCAAUAUGAUGUUUGUAUAUGCUGUUCAAUUUAAGUUUUCUGUUAAGUAAUCAUUUCUCAUUCCAAAGACAGAGUGCAAAAAACUUCAGCGCUUCUUGGGAGUCUUAUUUCAACUGCAGAUUAUUUUCCCCAUUGGAAAGCUGACUAUUUUCAUUUUAGAAAAAUGGGUUGUUUGAAGAUGAAAGUCUUCUUAUCUUUUUUCACAGUUUAUUUUGGUUAUGUGUUCAUACGUUCUUAUUAAAUAUUUCAUAUACUUUAUUGCAACUACUUUGUUAUUUCUACGUUUUAGAUUAAUGCUGAAAAGGAAAACUUGAUUUCAUUGUUCAUCAAAUUAAAUAAAUUAAGAAAAUAGUGGUUUGUGUAGAAAUUGGAGAGAAUUGUGUUUCAUAUUUGGUUGAAUCACAACAGUGCUUCUCUUGUUGUGAAAUGUAAUUAAAUGCUUUGCCCUCUGGUACUUGA